AUGUCCCUUCCACACAUACCAGCUGCACUGACGCUCCUCACUUCUCACCCAAUUGCACCUCGAAUAUUGACCUUCUAUACAAGCUUUGAAGACAACACAGCUCAACUCAUGUCUUUCUUCACGAACUUGCUCAAAGGCUUGAAGGGCACAACGCUUAUCCGCACAAACUCCCCGCCACGUACAAGCGGCAAUAUCAUCUCCAACCAAAUCAAUGAUGAAGACUGGGAGAUUGUCAACCCCCACGAAGUCGGUGUCUUCUACCACGACCGCGUCACACUCCUCCUUGGCCCUCGUCGAGAGACGCGCCAUCAAAUCCUCCUCACCGACAUGCCCAAGUCUUCCGGACUCCUGAAUCACCUCAGAAUCCUCCACCCAUCACACCGCACCAUACACCUCUUCUUUCCUGACCUACCGAUGGUAAAUUCCUACCUCGAUCUCCAGUCUGUAUCCGCCGAUGCUCUGGCGAUUGAAACGCCCUGGUUGGACAUCAUCAAGUUAGCUGCGACAGCUGAUAUAUUCCAAGAUACCUAUAUCGAAGACAAGGCACUUGCAGGGCUCAAUCAGAAAGCCAUUAUAGCCCUAACGCCUGGCAACGCAGUUUCGCUCUUCGAGGAUGACGACUUUUCAUUCGCCCACGUAUACCAUACCAGGACGGGUGAUGGAGGAAAGCUCUCAAAGACACUGCAUGGGAUUCGUCAAAUGGACAUGUAUAAAUCUGAGCUACCCGUGGUGAAGUUACCAAAGGCUGAAGAUGUGGAACCGAAGUCCGAGAGUUUGAUGCGGAAGACUCGAGGUAGCAAGUAUGACAACAGCAUGCUAAAGGGUAGGGGACUGGUGGCCGCAAAGAAGGAGGAAGACGAUAAGGUGCACCCGGUUCGGCAGCCGACCGUGCCACCUAACCUGGAAGCUUUGAAGCAUGGAGAUGUAAGCAACUUCAUCUAUCCGGGCAAGAAGAGCACGAGGAUGUAG